AUGACGCCGCACGAAGCAAGGGUCCUCAAUGAGUGGUCUCGCGUCAAGAAGCUGCAGGCCAAACUGCAGGCUAAACUGCAGGAGCUGACCACCAAAUCGACCAAGUCCAACGAUGCGGCAGAAGACCACUCGGAUGAGCUCAACACCAAUCGCAUGGACGAGGUAGCCCAGGUCAUCAACAAGUCCGGGUAUCCAGACGGGGCCACAUGGCCUAAACCAUCAGAAAAGCCACUCUCCCGCUUCGAGGCUGCUACCAGAGCCUUGGUCUGGGAAUCGAAUGACAUGACAGCAAACCUCGUCAAAUUCCACGCGGCCUUCGAAGCUUUCCUUGAGGUUCAGCCGGAAGAUCCUGUGAUCAAAGCCAAGCUGGCGUCGUACGUCGUGCCUUCGAUGCCGAAAGAAGCUGGUACAACAACGGUUCGUAGCACUGGAGGCGGUGUCAACAGUACUUCAGCAGUCGAUGCGACCUCUGAGAAGAAUGCCGGCGACGAUUCUGCGGGUGGCAAGGCCUCUUCGGAACGGGACACGGUUGCGGAGGAGAACAUGACUGCUGCGGAGUGGGCGGCUGCGGGUUCUCGCAAGACUGGAGGCGGGGACGACUCUGACGACACGGAUGAGUACAGUGACGACGAAGGCGAGACUAGCGAUGAUGGGUUCACGGACUGGGGUGAGAGGAAGUGGGUGAUGAAGAGGUAG